AUGCCUCGAGUUGCUCAGAACCCCCGCGCAAGCAGCGCAACGAGCCGCUCUGGGAGCAGAGUCACCUCUGGUUCCAUGCAAAACUCCCCCUUCAAAUCCCCCGUCAAGAUCCCCCUCAACGACGAUGCCGAGGAGAAGGCGCGCCGAUUGCACUCGCGCCAGGCCCUUCAGGAGGCCCAUGUCAACAAACUAAAGGCCGCUGCCACAACCCCCCUGCGAAAGGCAAGUGUCAACCUGAAUGACCUCGAGAACGAGACGCCCGCAUCGCCCCCCCAACGACAGAAGACCCCUCGACCCAGGCAACGGGAUGUUCCAGGUACCAGUUCCGGUGCAGGUGCCGGUGCCGACGAUGAUGAUGUUGUGGUCUCGGGCACGGCGGUGACGCCUAUGAAGCGUCUUCCAAUCUUGGCCAACUUUGAGGAGUGGAUGAAGAUGGCCACCGACAACAAGAUCAACGCUGCCAACUCGUGGAACUUUGCCCUGAUUGACUAUUUCCACGACAUGUCACUGCUGAAGGAGGGUGACGGCGUCAACUUCCAAAAGGCCAGUUGCACAUUAGACGGCUGCGUCAAAAUCUACACAAGCAGAGUCGACAGUGUUGCUACCGAGACCGGCAAGCUUCUCAGUGGCCUGGCCGAUAGCAGAGACAGCAAGAAGAAGAAGGGCGACGGCGAAGAGGGCGAGGGCGAGGAGACCGACGAGGAGGAAUUGGAUGAAGAUGGCAAUGUCCGGAAGAAGACGAAGCGCAAGGCUCAGCGAUCGUCCGAGGCAACAUUGGCGCCUUCUUUUGCUUCAUUGCAGCUCAAGAAGUUCGAAUUGGAGUUUGCAGUAGAUCCCUUGUUCAAGAAGGCCUCGGCAGAUUUCGACGAGGGUGGAGCAAAGGGUCUUCUACUUAAUCAUCUGAUGAUUGACUCCAAGGGACGAAUCGUCUUCGACAGUAGUGAUGACUCGGUGGCCACUUCUGAGACCAAAAAGAAGCGAAAGAGACAGGGCGAGGGCGAAGAAGAUGGUGAAGACGACGAUGUCGAAGAUGGGGAAGAGGAAGAGGAGUUGGAGGAUGUCACCAUGAAGACCAUCGAAGAACAGGAAGAAGACGAAGAUAUCGAGAUUGAUCUGGGCCCUCUUGCGGCACGGUUCUUCCCUGAUAUGGCGCGCCUGGACGAGCUGGAUGUCUGUCCUUCGCUCAAGACCUUCGACAUCGGAGACCCAUCUGGGUCACUUGAUAUCCCCUUCCUGCGAGCUCCUGAUGACUGGCGACAAGAGCAAGAGGGAGGCGCAGACGAGGCUGGAUAUGGCAACAAGACCGGCAUGGACAUCGACGACAACGCUCUCGGGUUCGAUGACGAUGAAGGCCUCGGCAAUUUCUCCAUGGGAGGCGAUGUCGCUUUUGGCGAAGGUGGUGAGGCCUGGGCGAAAGAAGCCGCCCUGGAGCCGCAAAUGCGUGUCUUCGAUGCCGGACUCGGCGACGAUGGCGCCGAAGAGGGCGACGAAGUUGAUAUGAUGGACAACGAUGGGAAUGACGACUUCAACGUCUCUUUGAUGCAUGCGCAAAAACCAGACAAGAUGCACGAAGACAUCCUGGCAUACUUCGACCAAGCACUGCAGAAGAACUGGACGAGUGCCGAGCACUGGCGGAUAAGAAAGAUCAAGGAUGUCAACAAGCCGGUGCAAAGCAAGCAACGCAAGGAGAAGGAGCCAUUCGAGAUUGACUUCAUGUCUCCUCUCGAUGCUCCCCUUGCCGACGUGCUCUACACUCAAGCGUCCUCCAAUGCCGCAAUUUCAUUACCCAAGAAGGAUUGGAAGUCCAAGACGAGGAAUCUCCUUCCCGAUGACAAGCAUUUCAACUCGAAACAACUACUUAGCCUUUUCCUGAAGCCAAAAGCCCGCAUGAGUCGCCGGCGGAACUUUGGCAAGCGGCAUGGCGUCUUCGGCAACGCGGACGCCAACCCGAAUGUGCCUGAAGGCGAGAUGGAUGAGGCAUUCUGGGCACGACAGAAGGCGCCAAUGCAGAGCAUUGAGGACGGCGAUCAGGAUAUGGGGCUUCCACAGGGCGACUACGACGCAAAUUUCUUCCAGGAUGACGGCCUGCCCUUCGCUGGAGGUCUCGAUGAUGACGAUGACAUUGAUGAGUUCGCCGACGCGCGUGAGCAAUUCUCGCCGGAGAGGGCCAUGGAGACCAUCGGUGCUACGGGCGCUUUCAAUGGUCUCACGGUUACUAACCCCGCAGACCUGGCGUUUGGUACUAUGUUGGUGACCCAGAACAGGCGGGUGCGGCCUGAGUACGUCAACUACGCGAGGGUAGCAAAGAAGGUAGACGUCAGGAGGCUAAAGGAGGAGCUCUGGAAAGGGAUGGACAUGGAGAAGCUCGACUCGGUGCCACCGCCGUCUGCAACAGAGGAAGGCAGCACGGAGCCUCCACCACCUUCGGCGGAGAACCCAACGCUCAAGUUUACGGAUGUCAUGAACGGCCUGCAGAAGGUCUACUCCAAGCCAGUGAUGGAUGACAUCUCGACCAGCUUCUGCUUUAUCUGUCUGCUGCAUCUGGCCAACGAGAAGGGCCUGGUCAUUGAGAAGACUGAUGAGCUGACGGAGCUGGAGAUCAGAAAGGACUGGAAUGCACAGGUUGUCGAGGGUGAUAUCUGA